AUGGCUCGAUCAUUAUUUUUUAGUCCAGUACAAGCAAGUAAAAAAGCAUGCAAAAUUGAUUUAAAACCUUCUGACGACGAAAAUGAGUGUGCAUCUAUGUUUGAGCAAUUACCAAUAUGUAUUGGCGCACGUGUAAUAUGUCGAUGUAAUAUUGAUUUUGAUCGAGAAAUGGUGAACGAAAACGAAGCAAUUAUAAAAGAUAUAGUAUGGGAUAAAGAUGAUGAUACUAUCUUACCAAUGUCAAAUCGAUGUGUUUUUCCAAAUUUAAACCGAGCAUUAACUGCGAAAUUACCAAAAUGUAUUGAACUCGGUAACAAAUAG